AAGUUAGAGGAGUUAGUUACAGGACGGUUUUGGGAGUUACGUUUAGUCAAUCGUUUCGCUGCAGGAGAGUCUGUUUCCCUUUGACCAGCCAUGUAGCUUUCCGUAUGCUCAGCUACUAAAUAGAUUGCGAAGGUUAAAACAGGGAUUAGUCUGCCAGUUCGCAUUUCGCAUUUUGGACAGCGACAGGCGACAGCCAUGGCGACGUCGUCGCCAGCUGUUCGCAGGAGAUCGUCAUUCCCAAGCGCCUUGUCGCAGCCGUCGCUCCGCACCUCUCCGUCGCCCGCGCGACCAGUUCCGCCUUCCGCGUGGGAAACCCCCGCCGUCCUCCGCAGGCGCGGGCGAAUUCGGCGGAAUCGGGGGAAGCGGGGGAAUGGGGGAGGGGGGAGCGGUGAGCGGAAGCGGCCGUCCGCGGUUGCGCCGGCGCCGCGCAUUCGCUGACAUUGCUGGCGCUGCUAGUGUCCCCACAAUCGGCGCGUUUCAGACGUAUCGCCACCCGGAGCAGCAGCUGUGGGAUUGGCUGGUGGAUUCAGGCGUGGGAGGGGAAAUUGCAGGGAUCCUUCUUUCCGUCGUCCAAGUCUCUCUGGCCGUCCUUCUCCUCCUCUCCCUCCUCUCCCUCUCUCAAAUCAUCUUCACUCGCGUAACCAACCCCACAAAACCCCCGUUCUCUUCCUUUUCCGCUCCGUUUCCCUUCCCCGCGUCUCCCACCCCUUCCUCGCCUUAUCCUUCCAACCACAACCAAUACCACCAGCAGCACCAGCAGCAGCAGCAGCAGCACCAGCAGCAGCAGCAGCAGCAGCAGCAGCAGCAGCAGAGUAAUCAGCAACAGGAUGUUGCGGAUUCUCUCCUUGUCCCCCAACGAUCAGCCAAUCAUUCUGAAACACGUGGCACAACUCUACACACUCCCACGCCUUCCGCCUCUUUCCCCUCCCCGUUCCCGUCCCCGUCCCCGUCCCCUGGCCCUUCCGCUACCUCCUCUUUCCCUCUGUACCCCCAAAAGCUACGCUCGUUUCUUCAUCAGUAUACUCCUUAUAAGCAGUUGCAGCACCAGCAACAUAAGCAGCAGCAGCUACAGCAACAACAGCAAUGGCAGCAGCAGCAGUAUCAGCAGCAGCUGCUACAGCAGCAACAGCAGCAGCAUCAGCAGCAGCUGCUACAGGAGCAACAGCUGUAUCAGCAGCAGUUGUAUCAUUCACUCCCUCACACUCCAACUCCCCAUCGCCCUUCUCACACCCCCCUCGCUCACUCCUCUCUCUCACACCCGCCUUUCUCCCCCCAACCAACACCAGAAGCAACUACUGCUGCUGCAACACCCAACGCCCCUUCCUCCCUCCCCACCCUCCCCCACCACUCCCACUCCCUCCUCUCCUCUCUUUCUCACACUCUCCACCCCUCUCUGGCCCUCCACCACACCCCCUCUCUCGCGCACUCCCUGCCCUUACCCCUGGGAAGCAAGAGGAAGCAAGUAGAGACAAAGGAGGAGCUGCAACAGCUGUUGAUGAAUUUAGAUGGCAAACUUGCUGCUGCUUCUGCUGCUGCUGCUGGGGUGCAGCUACAGGCAGAGGCGGAGGCGGAGGGGGGUAUUACCCCCUCUCGUAUCAACAGUCUCCUGGCAGUCUCCCGGCGCACUAUCACCAGUCCCAACCAGGCCACUACCACUACCAGAGUUCAGAGCGCCUUCCACCGAUCUCUCCUCGUGCUCGUGCGGAUUCACUCGUUCAACCCCCCUCUCCCACUCUCCUCCGCUCGUCCUCGCUUGGCGCACCAGCCUCCCCCUCCCAUUCACCCCUCACCGUUACACCCUCCCACCUACGCUCCCCACACCUACCCCCUCCGCCCCACCACACCUCCCUACCGCUCCCCUCACUUUCCCCCUCUCAAAUCCUCCCUUUGAUACAGUCACCUCGGAUUCUCUCACGCCUGAUACAUUCACAUCUUAUAACCCCUCCUCGCCCCUCCUAGUGCACCCUAGGCUGACUCCUAGCCCGUCUCGAGCCGCCAUAGUGGGGAAGAAAGGGGAGGUGGAGAGAUUAAAGCCCAUGGCGCCUGGGGAGGAGGAGAGGGGUUUAGGAGCCUGGGCGUGCUGCAGUGGAGGGACACGUGGCGCGACAGGAUUCGCCAGUGGUUCUCGCAGCACCUGCUGAAGGCCCUGGUGAAGAAGAUUGAGGCAGCUCCAAGCAAGUUAUCAGCAGCAGCAGCCCCUCUCGGCCUCUCCCUCUCCCUCGAACCUCUCGACAGCCUCGGCAACUCGGCCGUACCUCUACCUGCAGGCUCGGCAGGUCUGACCCAG